AUGUCGUCUUUGAUUCCUGAAAGCGUCGUUGCUAACGAGCCGAAAACAAACUCGAUUAUGGUCUUGGCCCUCUUGAAAAAAUCAGGUCUGAUCACCAGUCUCGGCGUGCUGAGCAACCUGACAAUCCUGGCGACGGUGUGGUUGGACCAUCGGCUGCGAAACUCAACCUGCUGCUUCAUCUGCUCGCUAGCCGUGGCCGAUCUAGUGGUGUUGACGUUCGCGGUGCCUCGCGAGGCCUACCAGGACUUCCUCGGCUUCUGGCCGUACAGUGAGAUCAUGUGCGACGUGACCAUCGUCGUCGACCUCACCUUCUCCACAGCCUCCUUACUCUCCAUCAUGUUGCUCGCUGUUGACAGGUACAUGAGCAUCAGGAUGCCAUUCUCCUACUCACACUGGAUGACAAAGAAACUAGUGGCCCUGACCCUAAUUGCCGUGUGGACCACCUCGAUCGUGACGAUCGCCGUUCCAAUGUACCUAAGCCACAUGUACAACCACCACGAGCUGGAGGGCGAGAAGAUGGUGUGCCUGGCCAAGUUCAUGCCGUACUCGGCCCUGAUGGUAUCCUUCUUCAACUUCGGCUUGCCCUGCACCGCCAUGGUCUACAUCUACACGCGGCUCUACCUGCAGGCAAAGGCGGCCUCUGACGAGAUCCGCAAAUUGAAGAAAUCCCUACUGAGAGCGGAUGACGUCGAGAACAGGCCGGCGCUCACGGUGUUGCAGCGCUUCAGGAACGACUACAAGGCGGCCAUGACCGUCGGCCUCAUCAUGGGAUCCUACCUCGUCUGUUGGCUGCCCUUUUUCGUCGUUGAAAUCUUGCAUAGCUUCAAUCAGAAUUGCUGCUCUGACCUGGCGUUCAAGAUUGGAAUUUGGAUGGGCUUUGUGAACAGCGCUCUGAACCCAAUAAUAUACGGUUUGAUGGAUAAGAAGAUUCGGGCGGCGUUCUUAAUGUUUGUUUGGCAAUCGUCCAUCGCUGCCAUGCCACGAAUAUCUGAUUUUUACAAGGACAGAGACUCAAACUGAUGAACUAGAUUUAUUGUGGAUUGUGAUUCACUAUCGCUCAGUUCAAAAUAAUGUUG